AGAUAUAGUGAAUGCAGAGUCUGUGGGAGACCAGAUAUAGUGAAUGCAGGGUCUGAGGAGACCAGAUAUAGUGAAUGCAGGGUCCAGGGAGACCGGAUAUAUAGUGAAUGCAGGGUCUGAGGAGACCAGAUAUAGUGAAUGCAGGGACCGGGGAGACCGGAUAUAGUGAAUGCAGGGUUCGGGGAGACCGGAUAUAGUGAAUGCAGGGACGGGGAGACCGAUAUAGUGAAUGCAGGGACCGGGGAGACCCGACAUAGUGAAUGCAGGGACCGGGGAGACCCGACAUAGUGAAUGCAGGGACCGGGGAGACCCGACAUAGUGAAUGCAGGGACCGGGGAGACCCGACAUAGUGAAU